UCUGUUCAGAGAUAUCGACCAACAAUAAUAAAAUGUUAUAUUGAUAAAUAACUUAAGUUUAAGUGCUUACACUUCAGUUGAAUUUUAACUUUCCUUACUAACAGUCGUGGAAUUGAGAAUUGUUCAAAAUGGAAAGCGAAAAAAAAGGCUGGUGGCAACAAAGGACUUCACUGGAGAAAACUCUGACAGCGUCCUUUUGUAUUGCUGUUAUAGUAGCGCUCGCUUUUAUGAUUACACUUAUUAUUGUCGGAGUUAAUAGCGGUGACAAUAAUGACGGCAUUUGUCUCACUCCAACAUGUAUUCAGGAAUCUUCAAGUGUUAUUUCAAAUAUGAACCUGGCAGCUGAUCCAUGUGAUAACUUUUUUGAGUUUGCCUGUGGUACUUACUUGAAGGAAACUUUGAUACCAGAUGAUAAGUCGACAGUUUCUGCUUUUAGUAUAAUCGAUUCUAAAAUGAAAGAACAACUUCGAGCAAUCGUAAUUGAACCGAUUUCUGAUAACGAAGCCAUGCCAUUUCAAAAUCUUAAAAAGUUUUAUCAAGCAUGUUAUAAUACAGACACAAUUGAAACACUCGGAACUUCACCAAUUACUGCAGUUUUCAAUCAACAAGGUAAUUGGCCUGUUACUGUACAAAACUGGGAUGAAUCUUCAUGGACAUGGGAAAAUGCAAUCGCUAUGGCCAGUUCGUUUGGCUAUUCCCCAAGUUACAUCUUUUCCUUCUCAAUAUCAACCGACAACAAAGAAUCAACAAAACGCAUUAUAAGAAUUGAUCAAACAAGUUUGGGACUUGCACGUGAAUAUUUGAUAGAAGGAAGAACUGAACCAUUUGUUCAAGCUUAUCAUGAUUAUCAAAUUGAUUUAGCUAUGAUGAUGGGAGCGACAAGGGAAGCUGCGGAAACUCAAAUGGCAGAUGCUUUAGACUUUGAAACAAAACUUGCAGAGAUUUCUAUCCGUCGUGAAGACAGAAGAGAUGCCGAAGCUUUAUAUAAUUUGAGACAAAUAUCUCAAUUGCAAGCUGACUAUGAUUAUCUCGAUUGGUUGAGUUACUUCAACAGCAUCAUGCCUGAAGACACGCAAUUGACUAGUGAUGACACUGUCAUUGUUUCUGUUUUAUCCUUUUUUGAAGAUCUUAGAGAUAUCAUUCUAACUACUCCUAAAAGAACGAUUGCAAACUACAUUAUGUGGCGUCAAGCAUUUUCUUCUGUUAAUUAUCUUCCAAGUACUUUUAGAGCUCGACAACAAGAAUACAACAGACUCACUACUGGAAGUGUCACGCAGAAAUCACGAUGGUUAGAAUGUGUGGAUACAACUUUAAGCUUCUUCCCUCAUUCUUUCGGAGCUCUAUACGUUCGUAAGCAUUUUAAUGAAGAGGCAAAAGGAAAAGCAUUAGAAAUGGUCAUGAAUAUUAAAAAUGAAUUCAAUAUCAUUCUUAACGAUAUUGAUUGGAUGGAUGACAUUACGAAAGAAGCCGCAAUAGAUAAGGCUGAGAGAAUGAAAGAACAAAUAGGAUUUGCAGAUGAAUUGCUUGACGAUGAGAAACUUACUGAAUAUUACGACACGUUUGAUGCGACAAUUGAUGAGACUAAAUAUUACGAAUCAGUUUAUGGUCUGACGGGAUGGAAUGUCGCUUCAGCCAAAAGAAGUCGAUCAAGAUUGCGCGAACCUAUUGAUAAAGAUGAAUGGAGCAGUGAAGUUACACCAGCAGUUGUUAAUGCUUUCUACUCAUCUUUGGAAAACACAAUAAAAUUCCCAGCUGGAAUUUUACAAGGUGCUUUCUUCAAUGCUGAACGUCCUCAAUACAUGAAUUAUGGUGGAAUUGGAUUUGUUAUUGGACAUGAAAUAACGCACGGGUUUGAUGAUCAAGGAAGUUUAUAUGAUGCUGAUGGAAAUUUGAAAAACUGGUGGGCGAAUUCCACACGUGACGCAUAUUUGGAAAAAGCAAAAUGCAUUAUUGAACAGUAUGGAAAUUAUCUUGAGCCUCUUACAUCAUUAUAUGUUAAUGGAAUUAACACCCAGGGUGAAAAUAUUGCUGAUAAUGGUGGAAUAAAGGAAUCUUACCAAGCUUACGUAAGAUGGGCCAAGGAUAAUCCUGAACAAAAAAUGCCUGGUCUUGAUUAUACACCGGAACAAAUGUUUUGGAUAUCUGCCGGUCAAAUUUGGUGUGCAGUUUAUCGUGAAGAAUCAAUGAAAAGCAGAGUGCAAACUGGUGUUCAUUCACCUAGUCAAUUUAGAGUUAAUGGUCCAAUGAGUAAUUCAGAAGAAUUUGCUCGAGAUUUUUCAUGUCCCCAAGGUUCUAAUUUGAACCCUGUGAAGAAAUGUGCAGUUUGUUAUCUUGAGCCUCUUACAUCAUUAUAUGUUAAUGGAAUUAACACCCAAGGCGAAAAUAUAGCUGAUAAUGGUGGAAUAAAGGAAUCUUACCAAGCUUACGUAAGAUGGGCCAAGGAUAAUCCUGAACAAAAAAUGCCUGGUCUUGAUUAUACACCGGAACAAAUGUUUUGGAUAUCUGCCGGUCAAAUUUGGUGUGCAGUUUAUCGUGAAGAAUCAAUGAAAAGCAGAGUGCAAACUGGUGUUCAUUCACCUAGUCAAUUUAGAGUUAAUGGUCCAAUGAGUAAUUCAGAAGAAUUUGCUCGAGAUUUUUCAUGUCCCCAAGGUUCUAAUUUGAACCCUGAGAAGAAAUGUGCAGUUUGGUAUUUCGAGCUACUGGUGGCCGAACUAAGAGAAAUGCUGAAAACGAAAGGAUUAAACACAGUUGGAAAUAAACAAGAACUUGUUGAACGACUUCAAUCAGCUGUAUCAGAAAGUAGCAGCGAGAUUCUAAAUGAAGAUGAUCUUCUUAAUGAUGAUGAGUUAGAAGACGAAAAAUCCCUUCUGGAAUCAACAAAUGACACAUUUAAAUCUCCAUCUGUUUCUGUUAAAUCCACAUCACCUGAAAGUGUCAUAGUUCCUGCAAAAAAGGUAUCAUUGAAGCGAAAUAUAUCAGUCUCUGUUCCUGUCAUUGAAUUAAAGCCUGAUGACGAAAAAGAAACAAUAACAUUUGAAGAAUCAUCAAACGAGCCUGAAAAAAAAGUUGUCAAAAUUUCGGAAUUAUCAUCAAAAGAUCGUUUGGAACUUCGCGCUAAAAAGUUUUCUAUCACUGCACCGAUAAAUGAUAAAGAUGAUCGUUUACAAGCUCGCGCUGCUCGUUUUGGUAUUUCUUCAACCACAUCGACAACAACUCCACAGACAACUACCAAAAAUGAAACAGAUUCAUUGUCUUUAGAGAAGUUAAAGAAACGAGCUGAGCGUUUUGGAACAGUUCUGGUUCCCGAACUUAAGAAAUCAGAAUGGCAAGAGAAACUUCAGAAGCGUCAAGAGCGCUUUGAUCUUUAUUGGUUUAUGUUUUUUGUUUCACAGGAUCGCGAUCACGAGAAGAGUUACAAACGUCGUAAUUCUCGUGAUGAGUAUGAGAAGUCAAGACGACGUUACAAAGACGAGGAUGAUGAUUACUGCAAAAAAGGAGGGCGUGAAGAGAGACAUUAUAGAGAUAGAAGAAGACAUGAUGAUGAUAAUAAUUUGAAAAGCAGACGAAACAAAGAUCGUAAAAGUGAUGAUGAAGAAUACAGUCGAACCAAAAAGGAUGAAUAUCGUAAACGAGAUGAUAGUGAAGAUGAGAAAAGUAGUCGUAGAACCAGUCACAGCAGUGACCACAAAAAGGAUAAAAGAAGAUCCGUUGAGCGCCGCCAUAAUAAAAGCAAAAGCAGUCGAAGAGAAAGAAAACGAAGUCGCUCGCGAUCUCAAGAGAAAUCAUCUCGUCGUCGACGAUCUUCUAGCAGUGACAGCAGCAAGAGUACUGAAAUAAAUAAAAACAUUCAACAACCAAAGGAAAGUUUCACAAAGAAAAGCUCGCCUAUUGCUUCAUCAUCUUCAUCUCCUCAAAAAUCACCGCUGAUCUCAUUAGUUCCGGCUGUGCAACAACCACAACCAACAGCACCGUCUGUUGAACUUCCAGCUUACUACAACCCGAAUGUCAUCAAUGUUAACAAAUUUGCUGAACAGCAAAAGAAGAGAAAACUCAUUUGGAGCGGAAAGAAAGAUGAACCAGUUGAUGCAACAAAAUGGGGUGCAGCGAAGUUUUCUCAAGACGAAGAUGGUACAAAAGCAAGCAAAUUCAUGCGGCUGAUGGGAAUCAAAGAUGCACCAAAAGUUAAAGAAGCAACAGCAAAACCUUCAGAUGAAAUGUUCUCAACAAUGGAACAACAAUAUGAAGUUGCAAGGCAGGUUACCCAUAUCUCUCGUGGCGUUGGCCUUGUGGAAACAAUGCCUGCAAGAAAGUUACGUCGUUUAGGACAAAUCCGGAAUGAAUUCAAUGACUUUGCUAAGAUGUAUGAAUACGCCAAAGCAAAGCAUGAAUUUGUAAAAGUAAAAAAUUCACAAGAACAUUUUGAUGAAUUUAUUGGCAACGAGUUGCAAGAACGAUUCCCGCAAUUCGAUGUCAAGAAAAUGGGAUGGGUCACCCGAAACACCCGAUAUGAAGGCAAAGACAACAGUAAACGUUUGAUAUCAGUAGAUCUACAGCACACUGGCUUUAGAAAAACAAAUUGUGGUGUAACAAUGAAAAUAAAAACACCGUAUAAAGCAAUCCUUGAAAAAAGCACAGACGGUGUCAUUUGGAAUGUUUCUGGCGAUCUUAAACGGUGCACAUGUGAGGGUGCAGGCAAUGGAAGCACACUUGCAGAAGAGCCAGACUCGGAAGACGAACAGCAAGCUGAGACUGCAGAGCGAAGUCGUGAUGCUGCAAAGUUGAAGGAACUUGAAGCCAGCAUUAAGACUGCCGAAACCAAGGCAGCUGAGAUGAAAGCUUCUGUGUUAUCGUUAGAGCGACGCCUUGAGAAAGCAAAGCAACGGACUCUGGAGGAAGAAGAACGUGCUGAGGAUGCACGAGCCCGUCGUGUUGAUUUGGAGAAAGAGAAGGAAGCUUCUUUGUUCUCGUUAGAGCGACGCCUUGAGAAAGCCAAUCGACUCCUUGAGGAAGCAAAGCAACGGACUCUGGAGGAAAAAGGACGUGCUGAGGAUGCACGAGCCCGUCGUGAUGCUUUUGAGAAAGAGAUCGUGGAAAUGGAAAAGUUCUAUGAGAAUGCCAUGGGAGAGGCAGAGUUGGCAUUAUGGAGUUCCCAGGAAAGCAUUAGAUAUGGAGUUCCCAGUUGUUGGUCGAGACCAUUUUAA